GUGACACACAUGCUGUUUCCUUUUCCAGUUGUAGAGCUGGGAAAGCAAGUAAGGGGCGUCCAAGCAGGAACACUAGUCUCCAGAGGUGCCGAAGCCCUCCUCCUCCACCCAUUCAGCUGUUGUGCUCAAUCCGUAGCUCAGCAUUACCCUGGAGGGACUGGAAAAGAAGAAGAAGAAGAAAGAAAAACAAACAGAAAGCACGAGUCAGGCUGAAGUAUGACAACAGCGUCCCCAACCACUUAUGACACUAACACUACUACAAAAAUGAGUGCUAUUGAUAAAGAUGCUGCCCUCAUUGGAGGUAUAAUUGCUGCAGUAGUUUUUGUGUUAAUCUGUUUUCUAGCACUGAUAAUCCGCUACAUGUAUCGAUACAAAGGCACCUAUCUCACCAAUGAAGCAAAGGGCACAGAGUUUGCAGAAAGUGCAGAUAUUGCCUUGAAAAGUGAUCCUUCCUUACAGGAGGCAGUAGAUGAAACAAAGAAGGAGUACUUUAUUUGAAAGGAGAAUGUUUUUGUGCUCUACUUAAUAAUAAUAAGCACAGAACACAGAGACACUGCAAGCAUGAAGACCUAAAUAAGAAGAUGAAACAAGACAAACACUCAGACGCCAGUGUGGAUGGCCGGAGAGCACUUAGUACAAAAUAUCUGCUAUCCACUGUUAACAGAUUACCUGAGUCAAGAUAUUGAUUAGUUACAACACAAUAAUGCCUAUGUAUAUUUUAUUGUAAGUUUACAUUCAGUUAAUGUUACUAUGCCAACAUUAUUCGUAAACAUGUAAUAAAUGGGCAAGUGCUAGGCUGCAGAAAUGAAAUAUCUGGGAAAAAAAACUUCUCUCCUAUUCUGAAGAUAUUCUUUGCACAUCCUUUUAAUAACCUAAGGGCUGUUAAGUAAAUGUGGAUAGCAAUCUGAGUUGUGUAAUACCUGGUGUUCAUAUUGGUUGCAAAAGACAUCGACUUCUGAGUGCAUAUAAAAACAGAAUUCUGUUCAGUUACAGUCUUUUUGAAAUGGUUUGAAUACCAAAACACUUUCCUUUGUUAGUGUUGCAUUUUUUUUUUUUAUUUUAAGAAUACCCCAAAUUGUUAACCAAGUCUGCUGUGCAGCAGGCAUUAUUAACUAUACUAAAUUAGUUCAUAAAGGUCCUCAUUUCAAAUUCAGAAAAAGGCACGGUCACCCCAGGCAUGAUUUUUUGCCACCACCUCCAUGUACAACUUUUUUUUUUUUCACAUUAAAAUGGCAAACCCAGCUUCAUCUGAUUAUUAAUCCAACUAAGUCACAAGAAUAGCCCCUGAAAGGAUGGUGUGUCUUGAUAAAUAUCCCAGGGCACUGGCCAUUUUAGAUGUACAAUUACAGUGCAAUAAUAAUAAUACCCUACUGACCUCCACUAAAGCCCAGCUUUCUUUAGAAUGUUAAGCAAGAAUUAUAGUGUAACACUGUUACCGUUAUGUUUCUGUAUUAGCUGCACAUUUUUAAUGGUAUUAUUAUUAUUAUUAUUUAGGAGACAACGUAUGUGUUACUAAGUUUUAUUAACAGAUGUUACAACUUCUUUUUCUAGAAGCAUGAUAUAAGCAGAUGCUAUUUACUAUGUUACAGCUUCUGUUUCUGGAAGUACAAUAUAUAACUAUGUUAUUUACCUAGACAUUAUUAAUGGGACUACUGAAAUACCCAUGGUUUAAUGGCAGUGAAUAGGUUUUCUUUGCUUUCUAAAGUACUAUAUCUAUUGCAAAGUACUACACCAAUAUUUUGUAAUAAAUGUUGAAUGAUUGGUUAAUGUAUUGCAUUGUGUAAUGAAACUUGAAAAGUUGGCGUUCCAAUACAACUUUUAUGAUAAAAUGAACAUUUAAUUAUUUUGUGUGAUAUUUCUUUUAUCAUAAUUUGUAUUAAAAAAAACACUAUGCAGUAAAUUAUACAAACAGCAGACUCUAACUUUGGAGGUGCUCUGCAGAGGCUAACUGCUGCGAGUUCCUCUUCUACUAGCCUUAGCCCAGCAAACAUCUGUUGCUUCCUGGAUCUCUAUCAAAUGUCAGCUAUCAUCAUCCUUUCCCAUCUAGGACUCUAAAGUCCCUGAGAGCCAUCCCUGUAUUUGUGCAUGUGUGUGCUUGUAAUUUGUCCUUGGUCACCAUGGAAAAGGAAAAGGCACUCAGGGAAAGCUCAAUUCCUCUCUUUCCAGAGGCUCUAGCUGAUCCAGUGACGUAGGCACAAUAUACUGGAGAUCCUGGCUUUCAGUUCCUAACCAAGGCAAACAUUUUCCUUUCAUUUGUAAGACUCUAACAGUGCCUAAGCAGAGGGCUUUCUCUUUGUUCUUGUUCCUGGAACUCUCUGAUUUUAACAAGCACAUCCAGUAUGUCAAGCCUCCAGAUAGUGACUGCAUGGACUAUAACAAUCCUGCAACACAGAGCCUAGAUGAUGUCACUGCUCAUGCUGGAUGCCUUUCACAUUUUAUCUGGCCAUCCCACAGGAAAUUCUUCCAAACUGUUCUGAACUGGCCUCACUUUCAGUACAAGGAGGUGCUGCUUUGUCACUCUUCUUUGCAUAGAUUGCUUCAAGUUACUAGUCUGUAUAGCAGAGCCCCUGCAAAAGAAAAAGAAUAAAUCUUUUGUGCUGCCUUUCCUGGAUCCACUUCCUCCAGGUGGUCCAAGUAACAUACUCCCUAGGAAUGUCCUGCACUGUACCUUACAUUGGAUUGUUGGCACAAUUAAUCUAUUUAGUCCACUCUUUUAGGCACCUUAGCUUUCAACCUUUCCUUCCCCUUAACCUUGCCCCCAUUUAUCACAUGCCCUCAUGAAUACCUCUGUCAAAACCCACUUUCUCACUUGUUCUGGUAAUCCAUUGCAUGUGUCCAUGACCCUCUAUGUGAAAGUACUACAGGAUAGCCAGUGAGUAAAAAAAAAAAUCUGAAAUACUGUUCAGUGUAUUUGUACCAUACCGGCUUUUAUUAAAUAAAUUUUCUUUAGUAAAAA